AUGGCACCUAAGGAUUUACUGCGAAGUCGCCCACACGGUGUUCCUACAAUACUUAUCUUGAUCUUAGGCAGCCUGAUAUUUCGCUGGGCAACCUCAAAAGAUUUGAGCGAAUAUGAUCCGUUCAUGCCAAUCCUACAGGGAGAAAUAGUAGCAAGAGUAUCAGGGUUGAGAGAUGCAUAUGGGAUGGCCAACAACCACCUCGACUCUUCCUUGGACUUGGAGUACUGGCGGGAGAGAAUGAGAAGUACUAUAACCAUUGAUUCUGAUCUCGAAUCAGACUCUGGAGACUCCAUAGACACCGAAUUUCAACAAGCCUUACGCGAAAGUCGAGAUGACUACUUCACCCAAAGCAAACACUUCAUCCACAUCCCCAUCGGCCCCACCCCCCAACAACUCCGCAUCCUCCCCCAGCACUCCCUCUGGAACAGACCCUACUUCCGCGACCCCCGCCGCGGCCUCAACCAUUUUGACUAUAUCGACAACACCUGGGUCCUGCGGCACCCCGCCCUGCCCCUCGUCAACCCCGCAGACUUUGACUUUGCGGCUGAGUACCUCGAAAGCGGCGGGUUUGGGAUCCGACUUCCACUCGAUCCGGGUAAUAGUAGUAGUGAGGAUCAUAGUACGGUGCUGACACAGUGUUAUGCGGCGUGGAGCGUGGCGGAUCGACUUGAUAUGCAUGAUCUUAUGGAGCAUGUGGUUGAUAAGCUGGAGAGUAUCACGCCGGAUAGGGAUGAGAUGAUGGUUUUUGCGUGUAGGAUAUUUGGGAAGAAGCGGGAUGGGGAUUUACCUGGGCAUUAUCGGAUCAAGGAGUUUUUGGCCAAGUUUAUUGCGGAGAAUUGGUGGGGGUAUGUGAGGGAGGGUGGGGAGUGGUUUGUGGAGAGGUUGGAGAGGUUGCCGGAGUUGGAGAGGGAUGUUUGUGAGAAGAGGUUGGAGGUGUUGAAUGAGCGGUUGGAUAGGGAGGACGAGAAAGAAGAAGAAGAAGAAGAAGAAGAAGAAGAAGAAGACGGUGGAGACGGUAUGGAGGUUGAUUGA